GUCGGCGGAAGGUGGUUCUUCCCUUCUCAGUCUCCUCCUCGGAAGUAGACGUCCGUGUCUAUAUUCCGUUCAUUUUAUUUUUAAUAUCAGUUUGAAAGGAUCCCUUUUAGUUCUUUAAAACCCCCAUCAAAAUUCAUGGCAAACAUGGAGGCGAAGCUGGACGCUUAAAAAGAUGACGGAAUCCGAUCUGCUCCUUUAUUUUACCUCAGUUUAAUGGACCGGAUGAUCUGCGUUUCCCACAACCUUGCAGGGGAGGUAGCUGUAUCCAGUGGGGAGGUAGGCUUUUCCAGGGUUCGUGAUGAAGUUCACCCUGCCCCUGGAAAGCCGGAAACUGUCAUCUCUACUAGAGAAGGCAGUUUCUAGGGAAGCCAAACUAUGGAAGGUUUACGUGCCAAAGAAACCUACCAACCAGGAUACAGAUAUUUCCCCUGAAAAGCGUGAUGAGGCCGUUCGGUGGUUGAGGGAUGUUCAUUCCCAGCUCAAGCUCUAUCCAGAGACCCUCUGCCUGGCCAUCGGCAUCCUGGAUCGCUUCCUCUCUGCCAUAAAGGCUCGCCCGAAGUACCUGCGCUGCAUCGCCAUCUCUUGUUUCUUCCUGGCUGUUAAGACCAGUGAGGAAGAUGAGUGUAUCCCAUCUCUGAGAGAGCUGGCAUCCAGCAGCAAGUGUGGCUGUUCUCCGUCGGAGAUCUUGCGGAUGGAGAGGAUUGUUCUGGAUAAGCUGAACUGGGACCUGCACUCCGCCACAGCACUGGACUUCCUUUACAUUUUCCAUGCGAUGGUCCUGAGCUGUAAGUCCGGUCGUCUGAACAUGGCAUUGUCGGGUCUGAACCCGUCGCAGCACGUGGCUCUGCUCACCCAGCAGCUCUUCCACUGUCUGGCCCACAAUGCUCUGCUGCAGGUGCGCGGUUCACUGCUGGCCCUCGGCCUCAUCACGCUGGAGCUGGAGAAACUCUGUCCUGAUUGGCUCGCUCUCACUGUCGAUCUGCUGCACAGACUACAGAUCGACAGUUCUCAGCUGAUCGGCUGUCGAGAGCUGGUUGCACGUUGCCUGUCCACGCACACGGCUUCCCUGCCUCCUAACACUGUGUACAUCUGCCAUCCCCUGCCGGAGCCUCGGGACGGGGGAGUCCUGCCCGUCUGGCACUUCUCCGCCGCCCCGACAGCGCCCUCUGACCCCAACACCACCCGCUCGUGCAAAUCCUCAGGCAAGCGGAAGGUGGAACACAUGGAGGUGGACGAGUAUUUCGACGGGAUCAAGCGCCUGUACAACGAGGAGAGUCCCCAGGAGGGGGCGCCCACGUGCCAGGCCGAAACAACGGGUUUACCGGUGAUGCAGCAGAAAGCCGGCUCCUCGCCCUGCCCGCCUCUUCAACCGGUCAGAGAAACCUAGAGGAAACGGCUAAACGAUCACACAACCGCAGCGCCGCGUUCAUCCAAUCACCUCAGAGCAAGAGAGAGGCCAAAAAUACUAACAAAAAAAACAUACUCUGUGCAUGAUGCCAUUUCAUAAACACAAAAGGCUUUUUAAAAAGCAGAAAAAAAUCUAUAUAUAAAGGAAAAAUGUUUGCAAAAAAAGUAGGAAUAUUUUUCCUCCAUCUGUGGAAACUGAUAUUGUUCCUGUUUGUCUUUUUUAUAUGUAUUUGCCAAUCUUUCACUGUUGUCUUUUCUCUUUUUAGUUGUUAAACACAGCCCUCAACUCUUCUGAGUGCUCUUAAAUAUAAUUACAUUAAGUUUUUUUAAAUAAAAUAAUUAGUUAAUAAUAAUAAUAAAUAUAUAUUUAGAAUAAUAAAUAUAUAUUUAUAUUAUUGUUAUUAUUUUUUUAUUAUUAUUAUUAUUUUUCUUAAGGUUGUGGUUAAAGAGUGGCAUUUCUGAAGAUGUAUAUUAGUUUUGUACAGAUGUACACUCAUCCACGGCUGGGUCUGAUUGCUUGUGAUGUGUGUGUGUGUUUGUGAGAAUUUGAAGAGUGAUAAUGUCCCUAUCACUUUCUUAUACUGAGCAUUAAUGAUGAGCUAGUGUUGUUCGUGGCAUUAGAUCACAGCUGGCGUGAUUUGGUUAGAUGAACCGUUUGUCGCUUGUUCUAAACUUAGUAAUGUAACUGUUAUAAUGAGUAGAAUAAGAUUCUGAACUAACAGAAGAAGCUUUAGACUGUCACCAUUCCUUUGCUGAUCAUAACCUUCCUGCCGAAAGCUCUCUCUCCUGCUCUGAGGUGCUGAUGACGGUCCGGCCCGCUGCUGAGAAACCUCCCAACGCUCAAAUAAAAGAAAAUCUCUACCGA